UCGCGGACGGAUAUUAUCGGUGAUCCGACCCAACCGAUAAACCUUUCGCAACGUUUCACCACAUCCUUAAACAAUCCCAAUUCCACCUCCUCCGCGCCCUAACAUCCGACGCAAGUUUUUGAUUCAAUUCCUAAAACCAAAAUGAUUCCCUGAUUCAGCAACUUCAACAUAUUUUUCUUUUUUACUGGCUUUAUCUUACCCGACGGAAUCAUGCCGGACGUGCAUUCCCUCGUGAAUGAGUUCGUAAUUAAGCUCAAAAAACGCCAAAUUGAGGGGUCCAAGACGACGGCAAAGCUCACUGCGGAAUUACUCCGUUCGUUCAUAUCUCAAUUGAGGCUGCCGCACAGUAACCAAGCUGGGGCUCUCAUUGACGCCGUGAAGGAAGUUGGCGAGAAGCUCAUCACUGCUAAACCUGUUGAAUUGGCUGUUGGAAAUGUUGUCCGCCGUGUUCUACAUAUAAUACGCGAAGAAGAUCUUUCUAUUACUAAUGCUGCUGUUGGUGGGCUGAAUUUAGCAUCUGAAAGCGAUGAUGAUGACGGCAACGACGAAUAUGAUCAUCCAGUUCUUUCAGCCUCUGCUGUAGCUGCCGCUGCAAGAAAUGCUUUAAGGCCACCUUCAUUACAGACACUACUUGAUGAUAUACCUCAUGCAGCAGCCACUCCUCAUACCUCUUCUUCUGGGGAUGAUUCUGAAGGCAAAAGCAAAUCUGCUGAUUCAUUGAGGCGGAAACUGAAACACGAUGUCAUUGAGGCAGUUAACGAACUAAUUCAAGAAAUUUCCACUUGCCACGAACAGAUUGCUGAACAAGCAGUGGAACAUAUACAUCAUAAUGAGGUGAUCUUGACACUUGGCAGCUCACAGACAGUAAAAGAGUUUCUACUUGCUGCAAAGGAAAAAAAUAGGUCAUUCCGUGUAUUUGUCGCUGAAGGUGCUCCAAGAUAUCAGGGGCAUGCUUUUGCAAAAGAACUGGCUUCCAGGGGCCUUCAAACUACGGUUAUUACCGAUUCUGCAGUUUUUGCCAUGAUUUCCCAUGUCAAUAUGGUUAUAGUGGGAGCACAUGCCGUCAUGGCUAAUGGUGGUGUUAUAGCUCCUGUGGGGUUGAAUAUGGUUGCCUUAGCAGCUAAAAGGCAUGCCGUUCCUUUCGUUGUCCUCUCUGGAGUUCAUAAGUUGUGCCCUCUAUACCCUCACAACCCGGAGGUCCUACUGAAUGAACUGAAGUCUCCAUCUGAGUUGUUGGACUUUGGAGAAUUCUCAGAUUGUUUGGAUUUUGGGAGUGGCAGUGGGUCACCUCUUAUUCAUGUCGUGAAUCCUGCUUUUGAUUACGUGCCGCCGGACCUUGUUAGCCUGUUUAUUACAGACACUGGUGGUCACAAUCCUUCCUACAUAUACCGGCUCAUUGCUGAUUUUUACUCUCCUGACGACUUAGUAGUGCAACGGAAAUCAGCUUCUUGAAGAUCACCUUUUACUAACAAUGCUCUGAAACAUGUUGGUAAGUCUUAGAUCCUAAAAUGGUGAUAAAAAGAGAGAGAGAGAGAGAAUGUUAUUUUCAUAAAAUUUGUUCUGCACAUUCUUCAUCAUUUUCACCAAUCGUAUUCUAUUUGUCAGUGGAAUCGAAAACUUAGCAGGGAUGGGAAAAGGGUUGGUGUAGUAGAUUCGUUUAUGGAAACAACUGAGUUUAUAGGGAGAGGAGUAAAUAGUGGUUAGAAUUAAUACGUCGAAAAUUAAUGAUCAUGCUUUGCAAUGAUGAAGUGCAUCGCCAAAGGUUGAGUGGCACGUCUAAGUUUUGCAUGUUUAGGCUCAUUCCUUGAUGAGCAAAACAUGCCUUCUUACUUCUAAUUAACUGUGUAACCGAGUGAGUUGAAGCUGAUUUGUUUUUAUAUUUACUCAUUUGUAUGUGCAUUCAUCACUACCUCCAAUUUGCAAUUUAUAUUGGUGACACCCUUGAUGUUAUGAUGUUUUUGAAAAAUUGUAUAUUGCGGAUAUUAUUAGAAUUCAAACUUAGCAUAUGCAGAUAUUGCGGUUGAGAA